AUGGGACAGCUUGCUACUCAAAUAAAUAACAUGCAAGCUCAAGGUUCGAACCAACUUCCAGCCCAGAUAGUUUUCAAUCCGAAUGGUCCUAAUGCUAAUGUGAGCGCAAUUUCUUUGAGAUCCGGAAAACUUACAGAACCAGCCCCUGAAAAAAAUAAAAAAAUCAUUGAGGUAACUUCUGAACUUUCUCCUUCUGAACCUCACUCAGCUGAACUUUCUUCUCCUUCUUCUAUUGUGGUCGAAACUGAAAAAAUUAAAGAAAAUGAGUAUGUGCCACCAGUACCUUUUCCACAUAGAAUUCCUAAGUAUGCAAAGUUUCUGAAAGAUUUGUGUACCAACAAGAGGAGGAUUAAGGGAAGUGAAAAAGUAAACUUAGGACGAAAUAUUUCUGCCUUUAUUCAGCCCAAACAAUCAUCCAAACAGAUUGUAGGCGAGCAAAAUGUUUCAGCCCUCACUACUCAGCAUACAGGUUUAAUCAUUCAAUUGGCAAACAGGAGCAACGCUCGACCCGCCGGGGUAGUCGAAGAUGUUCUUGUUCAAGUUAACGAUUUGAUUUUUCCUGCAGAUUUCUAUAUUCUAGACAUGGAAGGAGAAACCAAGGAGCAUUCCGUUUUUCAUAUUGAGCUGAUUUCUGAAUUAGUUGAUGACUCUAGUUCUGAACUAUUUGCGCUUGAUUUUCCAUCUCUCUCUGGUUUUGAUGAUAUUUAUUCAUGUUCUGAUUGUACUGACACUAACGUUUGUGUUGUCUAUGCUGAGAUUGAUGCUGCCUUACAGGCUGAUACAUUUCCGACAGGUGAAGUUGUUACCAAUAAACUUGUUUUUGCAGUUGAUGCUCUUGCAUUCCCGGCUGCCCCAAGCACUCCAUCCACCGAGCAGCCCCCGUCCUUAGAGCUAAAAGAGCUCCCUGAGAACCUGAAAUAUGCUUACUUGGAGACGGGUGCUGGUGCAGCUGGUUCUGGUGCUGCUGAUGAUGCUGAAGAUGAUGAUGAUGAUGAUGAUGAUGAGGCUAUCGGUUCUGAAGUCGGUACUGAUGAGGGUUAUGAGUCCGUGGAGGGCUAA